AAAAAGUUUCAGACCAUUCUGACUAGAAUACCCCUGAACUUUUUCAAUAUUUCCAUCCAUGUCCUCCCAAAAUCUCCCGAUCUCAGAUCCUCCGUCGUCCACCACCGGCAAUGCCGCCUGGUCGUCCACCAUCUCCGCCACUCCGGCCUUACGUGCCUUUCUAGCUCGCUUCACUGAAUCUCUACGACGCGCCUUCGCUCGCCGUCGCCCUUGGUAUGAACUGGUCGACCGGACCGCCUUCUCCAAGCCAGAUUCGCUCACCGACGCCACAUCUCGCAUCCGCAAGAACUUCAACUACUUUCGUGUCAACUACCUGACGUUACUCUCCGCCGUGCUCGCGUUUUCUCUUCUUUCCCAUCCGUUCUCUCUGCUCACAAUCGUAUCUCUCCUCGCCGCCUGGCUCUUCCUAUACCUCUUCCGCGCUGCCGAUCAACCGGUUGUUAUUGGCGGCCGCACCUUCUCCGAUCGAGAAAUUUUAGGGAUCUUAGUUCUUUUCACGGUGUUCGUUGUCUUUCUAACAAGCGUUGGUUCACUGCUCAUGUCCGCUACCUUGAUAGGUGUGGGCAUCAUCUGCGUUCACGGCGCGUUUAGAGAUCCAGAAGAUCUAUUCCUUGACGAUCAAGAGACCUCUGGCGCCGGAUUGUUUUCCUCGUUCAGCGGAGCAGCAACUUCCUCCGCCGUCGCCGAUGUCAUGGCGCGUGUUUAAACAGAUACGUUUUGAUUUCCGAGAUGCUAGUAUCAUCGAUUAUUCUGUCAUCAUUUUAUAGAUAUUCUAUCAAUUUUCGUCUUGCUUGUUGUAGAUUGGUGUAAGAUCUGACCUAAUUCAUGGUCUUUCGGCUACAUAAUGAUAGAUUUGUUGCAUUUGUACAAGUAUUCCUGAUUGAUUCUUUUAAUUAAAUGAAAAUUCGUCAAUGAAGUUUGUUUAAA